AAUCGUAAACAGCGCCGUCUUACCCUAGAUCUGGAAUAUGCCCAUGUCCAUGUACAUCCAAAGCCCGAUUCAACCAGUAACAGUGCGCCCAUUGCCGUCAUGGCCAUUCAUGUCUUAACCACCACUGCACCACCACUUGCUCUGCUGCCUCCUCAAUCAAGUGUCUGAAACUGCACAAGGGCCAGGAAGCAGCAGCAGCAAUGCAAGGUGAUCUUGCGUUGCGCGCCGGCGGUGAUAGGCUCUUGGUCGCCGACACGGUGGCCGCCGUGGUGGAGAGCUUGGUGCAGGCAUGGCGGCAGGUGAGGAUGGAGCUGCUGGUGCCGCUGCUUAGAGGCGCGGUGGUGGCGUGCAUGGUCAUGUCGGUGAUCGUGCUCGCGGAGAAGGUGUUCCUCGGGGUGGUCAGCGCGGUGGUGAAGUUGCUCCGCCGGCGGCCGGCGAGGCUGUACAGGUGCGAUCCCGUCGUCGUGGAGGACGACGAUGAGGCUGGCCGGGCGUCCUUCCCCAUGGUUCUUGUCCAGAUCCCCAUGUACAACGAGAAGGAGGUAUACCAACUAUCAAUUGGGGCGGCAUGCAGGCUCACAUGGCCGGCAGAUCGGUUAAUAGUACAGGUCCUGGACGACUCCACCGACGCCAUCGUCAAGGAGCUGGUGAGGAAGGAGUGCGAGAGGUGGGGGAAGAAGGGGAUCAACGUCAAGUACGAGACGCGCAAGGACAGGGCCGGGUACAAGGCCGGCAACCUCAGGGAAGGGAUGCGGCGUGGCUACGUGCAGGGGUGCGAGUUCGUGGCCAUGCUCGACGCCGACUUCCAGCCGCCGCCGGACUUCCUCCUCAAGACGGUGCCGUUCCUCGUCCACAACCCACGCCUCGCGCUCGUGCAGACGCGAUGGGAGUUCGUGAAUGCUAACGACUGCUUGCUGACGAGAAUGCAAGAGAUGUCAAUGGACUACCAUUUCAAGGUUGAGCAAGAGGCCGGCUCCUCGCUCUGCAACUUCUUUGGCUACAAUGGAACUGCUGGAGUGUGGAGAAGGCAAGUGAUUGAUGAAUCCGGUGGUUGGGAGGACCGAACUACGGCAGAAGAUAUGGAUCUGGCACUGAGAGCAGGACUGCUGGGCUGGGAAUUUGUCUAUGUUGGUAGCAUUAAGGUUAAGAGUGAGCUGCCGAGUACUUUGAAAGCCUAUCGGUCCCAACAACAUCGCUGGUCAUGUGGACCUGCACUCUUGUUCAAGAAAAUGUUCUGGGAAAUUCUGGCUGCCAAGAAAGUCUCGUUCUGGAAAAAGUUAUACAUGACAUAUGACUUCUUCAUCGCACGGAGGAUCAUAUCGACGUUCUUCACCUUUUUCUUUUUCAGCGUACUGCUUCCUAUGAAAGUUUUCUUUCCAGAGGUGCAGAUUCCUUUGUGGGAGCUGAUCCUCAUACCUACAGCUAUCAUUCUACUCCAUUCAGUUGGGACUCCAAGGUCAAUCCAUCUGAUCAUACUGUGGUUCUUAUUUGAGAAUGUUAUGGCAUUGCACCGGUUGAAAGCCACCCUGAUCGGAUUUUUUGAGGCUGGAAGGGCAAACGAAUGGAUUGUCACGCAAAAGUUGGGAAACAUCCAGAAGCUCAAAUCCAUUGUCAGAGUUACCAAGAAUUGCCGUUUCAAAGACAGGUUCCACUGCCUUGAGCUAUUCAUUGGUGGAUUUCUUCUUACGUCUGCAUGCUAUGACUACUUGUACAGAGAUGAUAUUUUUUACAUCUUUCUUCUGUCCCAAUCGAUCAUAUAUUUUGCAAUUGGAUUUGAAUUCAUGGGCGUCAGUGUCUCCAGUUAGAUCAAGGCAGGGCAAUUGCAAGAUCUGCUCCAGAAGCAGGAUCCAUGUUAAAGCAGUCAAUGGGGAACUCUUGUGCCUUGCAUGUGACAGGAAAGCUCAACGCUGCGGCAAUUGAGGGCUUCAACAAAUUGCGAUAAGCAUAUGGGAGAUAAGAACACAUUGAGCAAGAAGAAAAUCAUCUAGUAUUGUCAACGUAUUUAAUAGGCAAGUGCUAUCUUUAGUGAAGAGUAGCUUCGCAUCUUAUGUAACUUAGCAUGUUAAUAGUGACAAUUAUCAUUUCAGAGCUACAGAUAUUGUAGCACGACAUUUAACACCUAUGAACUUCAAUGGAAUACAUUUACGAUAACAAAACUGGAGGAAACUAUACGCUCUAAACCCGAUUUCAAGAAGGGGGAAAUCUACUGCCAAUGUACUAAUACAGUGUGCUUGGAAUCCUACAGUACUUCGCAA